AUGUUACUUGACGACACAUCUUCAAAAGCUUUAAAGAAAUAUCUUAGCCACCACUUGGAACCAAUUUGCGACGCAGAUCCAAAGGUUUUGGCCGACUAUGUUAUUGCUCUUUUAAAACAUGACAAACCUGAUCAAGAUCUAAAACAACUAUGUAUAGACCAGCUUGACGACUUUCUAAGAGGAGAAACCGGACCUUUCGUUGACAAAUUGUUUGAUGCUUUAGGUUCACAAGAAUAUCUCAGUGAUGCAUUAACCACAGUCCAAUCACAACAGGAACCAAUUAUAAAUGCAAGCGCAUCAUCAAAUAAUUCAAUUGAAGGUAAGCCAACAAAAUCUCAGGAUUUGACACCAGAAAAAGUUGAUAGUCAACCAUCAAAGAUUGGGGUCCGGAAAAGAGAAGAUAGCGAAGCAUCGGAUGAUGACGACGAUAGAAAUUACAAGCACAGGGAGAGAAGUGGCGAAAUUCGAGAUGAUUAUCGUCGUUAUACCGAUCGAUCUUCCAAUUUCACGAAUCGAGAGGACGAUAGAGACUCAAAAAAUAAAAGAUUUCGUAGUAGCGAAGGUAUUCCCACUGGUCCCGCAUCAGGAGGAUCUCAGUAUAAUAAUAAUUUUCAAGAUGAUCGGUCUUUCAAAAGACGACGUGAUGAAACUGAAGAGGAAUUUCGUUCAAAUAAAAUUCCUCGUAAUAAUUCAUUAGGAACUAGUCAACCUAUAUCUGGUAGUGGAAACGGUUACGUUUCUAACAAUGGAAUGGGAAGCGUUCGACGUCCUGAUUUUGAAAGAGAAAAUCGGCUAAAUAGAAACUUUCCUUCUAUAUCGUCUGGUUCUCCGGGUUCAAGCAUAAGUUCUGGUCGGUGGGGUAAUGAGUGGGGCAAUAAUGGAAUGAAUACUCCAGUUAAUGAUCGUUUUGACGAUAGGAGAAGGAGGUUGAACGAACGUGGAGGUGGUAGAAGUGGCCCUAUGGUUGUGAACCGUGGUUCCGGGUAUUCUGAUGUUAGGCCUGGAAGACGUCAACGUUGUCGUGAUUAUGAUGAAAAAGGAUAUUGUAUGCGUGGCGAUCUUUGUCCUUUCGACCACGGUGUAGAUAGAAUUGUUGUUGAUGACGUUCCAUUGAAUAGGCCAUUCGAUAUUAUAUCGCCAAUGGCUGGUAAUCCAUUAACAGGACCAGUUGGUAUAAUGAAUGCUGGUGUUCCUUCGAGACCACCAUAUUUUAUGAGUACUGCUGGCGUUCGAAAUCAAUAUGAUCUUGAUCCAGGAUAUUCCGGUCAAACAUCAAGAUCAAUGACCCCAACUGCAGAUGCUUAUGAUCCAGAACGUGCCACAUUAUCUCGUCCUGAAGAUUUGAUUUCAGUGAUCGAGCCAAAGGAAAAUGAAAUAACACAAUCAUCUCCCGAGACUGUUGUAACUGAACCAACUCUCUCAUUAACAUCGGCACCCAGCGUUCCACAAUUCUUAGAUUCGAGUGUUGGUUCCUCUGCUACGAGAGGUACUACAUUUAGAGGGCGCGGUCGUUCUCGUGGAAGUCGUGGUGGAUUUAAUACUAAUAAUAGAUAUGGUACUAGUGCAAACAAAAAUGCGACGUUGGUUGUUGAAAAUAUACCGAAAGAAUUCUGUAAUCUUGACAAAGUGAAUGAAUUCUUUAAAAAAUUCGGUACCAUUACAAAUAUCAAUAUUGAUAUCAAUUAUCUAAAAGCUAUUAUUCAGUUCAGUAAUAGUUCUGAGGCUUAUAAGGCUUAUAAUUCUCCAGAACCAAUUUUUGAUUAUCGAUUUGUCAAAGUAUAUUGGCAUAAAGAGAAAGAAGAACCACAGACUUCAACUUCUACGGUAACAAAACAACCUGCUUCUCCCGUAAAAUCAGAACUUCCUGCUAUUACUCAAACGGAUCUUUCACCUACAAUUAGUGCAGCUGAAAAGAAAGAAGCUGAAGAAAAAGUCAAAAAACAAAAAGAAAGUCUCAAAGCAAUGCUAGAGAUUCAAAAACAAAGAGAGCAAUUGAUCAACAGGCAGAUUGAAGAGCAAAAAAAAUUGAUGGAACUUGCAAAAAAGAAAAAUGUAAAUUCUAAAAAUCGGGAGGAAGUUCUUAAAAGUUUGAGCAAAGUUUCUGAAGAUAUUAAGAAAGACACGAAUGUAGCCGUCCGAAAACCUUCUUUGACUGGGAACAUUCAUCCAAAAAGUCUAUUGGAAGAAAAAGAAAGGGAACAGUUAGAUAGGGAACUUGAUAUUCUGAGCAAAAUAAAUGAAAAUAGUGCUGCAAAUGAGCCAUUAACUUCAGCAGCAACAGUGACAGCAACAUCAUCAUCCACAAACACACAAGCAAGCACUGAAACUACUAAUCUUGAGACGAAUACAUCGACUGCUAGCUUAAAUAGUUUUGCCGAAUCUGCUAUGUACCGUGGACGCGGGCGCGCUGUCUUUUAUCGUGGUAGAGCUCGUGGGCUUUGGCCUCGAGUUCGUGGUGGUGGUGUCAUGCGUUCCUACAAACUAGAUAAUCGUACCACAAAACUUUUACUAAAAGAGGUCCCGACGGGAUCUACUGAUAAUCUUCGAAAUUAUUUUCAACAAUUUGGGGAAAUUGAAACUUUUACAACUGCAGAAGAAACACGAACAGCAAUUGUACAAUUUAAAAAUAGAAAAGAUGCUGAACAGGCACUUGUAAAAGGUUCCAAUAUUCCUGAUGUUGGCCAAGUACAACUGACGUGGCAUACGGAAAUAAGCCCUGUUACUCGUCCUGUAGAGGUGACAACAACAACGGCUUCUGCUUCUGAUAAUGUUGCUGAAGCAGCUGUUGCUGUAACAGAAUCUCAAACAGUCGAUACUGAAUCUGCAUCAGCAUCGCGUACUAAUGUUACAACAGAUUUUCAAGCUGGCGAUGAUGAAGAUGAUGAACGAGAGCGUUCUUGGAAACGAUAA